GCCCAAACCAUUUUCUGGAAGUAGUGGGGACAAAAAUGAUGACACUGGUCCCUGGGAACACCAUUAUUUUCGCAGGCUUUUGGAAGGCACGAAUGGUGAGUCUUGUCCUGCGCGAAGUUCUCACUCGUGAAGACUGAGCGGAAACGAGAAGGCGCAGUCAGCCCGAUUUCCGGAGGACAGAGAUUGUGAAGGACAACCAGGAAGCAGCUGGGCUGGGAGCUGUCCCCGGUUCUCUCCGCUCGGCUCCCCUGGACGCUUUAUCAGGGUCCCUACGCCGCGGACCCCUGCGCUGCGUGGCCCUCGACCUGACCUAGGCUUCGGCCCGGGUCCUUCACCCCGGAGCUGCCAUGUCUUCCGACUUCGAAGGCUAUGAGCAGGACUUCGCCGUGCUCACGGCUGAAAUCACCAGCAAGAUUUCCAGGGUCCCCCGACUCCCGCCCGAUGAGAAGAAACAUAUGGUUGCAAAUGUGGAGAAGCAGCUUGAAGAGGCGAAAGAGCUGCUUGAACAGAUGGAUUUGGAAGUCCGAGAAAUCCCACCCCAAAGUCGAGGAAUGUACAGUAACAGAAUGAGAAGCUACAAGCAAGAAAUGGGCAAACUGGAAGCAGAUUUUAAAAGGUCACGGAUCGCCUACAGUGACGAAGUACGGAAUGAGCUCCUGGGGGAUGAUGGGAAUUCCUCAGAGAACCAGAGGGCACAUCUGCUCGAUAACACAGAGAGGCUGGAAAGGUCAUCUCGGAGACUAGAGGCUGGGUACCAAAUAGCAGUGGAAACCGAGCAAAUUGGCCAAGAGAUGUUGGAAAACCUCAGUCAUGACAGAGAAAAGAUACAGCGAGCACGUGAAAGACUUCGGGAAACAGAUGCCAACUUGGGGAAAAGCUCCAGGAUUCUGACUGGGAUGCUGAGAAGAUAAUUCAAUGCAGAAUCUGAAGCUCUCUGUGAGCUGCAGCUCUCCACCAGCUGCACUGAGUCCCCAGUCUGCCUGACUUUAAGCCAUACUUCACACAUAUUACCUGAUUUUACCUUUAGCAAAUGUGAGAAGGGAGCAGCAUUGUCCCCAUUACACUAAUGAAGAAGAUCAUAUAUCAUGAAGUAACCUAUCUGGAAUUAUACACAUAGAUAGGAAGACCUAUAACCAGCUGUAGGUGGCCCAUGCCUGCAAUCCUAGCUACUUGCAAAGCAGGAGGAUCACAAGUUCAAGACCAGCCCAGAGUUAACAGUGAGACUUUGUAGAAACAAAAGGACUGGGGAUGUAGCUCAAGUAGUAGAGUGCUUGCCUAGCAUCUUCAUUGUCUUUGUUCAGUCCUCAGUACCAAAAAACAAAAGGAGCAAAAGCAGGAUAUGAACUCAGCUUGUUUUGAACACAGGGUUCCCAAAUGCUAGUUUACAGUAUAUAGAUCAGAGCAGUUUUGACUGCUCAGUGAUGAAAUAAAAACCAACUGAUAAGUUAUCUUUCUGCUGUUGUGUAACUCCACUUCUUCUGUGAAAUGAUUGUAUAGUAAAGCCAUUUCUUUAAACAAGUCUAAACAGGUAAUGGAGAAAUAAGCAUUUGGAUAUUCAGCACUGCUGAUCAUGCUAUUUUUAUUUUCCACCCCACCUCCUAUGUCACUGAUAUGAGAAAUCCAGAAUCCAUACUGUGCUCUGUCCUUUAAUAGCCCAGUGACUGUUGUCAUGUUGUAGUCCCUCCUGGCCUGCAGAUACAGUCCUAGGUCCUUCAUGUAUCUUAAUUUAUUUCCCCUUCCUGAGGCAGGGAUUAUCA